AUGACUGUAUCACUUAUUCAAUAUAUUUACAAAAAUAAUACACUUAAUUUGGGUCAACUUAUUAACUAUUUACAAAAAUUGAAUCGUCCAGAUCUAAUCGCUUUAAUACAACAACAACAAACAGUAAACAAAUUGAAAAAUACUAGCGGUUAUUCAAGUGAAGAGAAUAAGAGUAAAACGAAGUCAAUGAAAUCCACGAAAGAGAAUUUUUCAAUUGAAAACUAA